GAUGACAUCCGUUGUUUCACCAUUGUCGAACCGGGAAAAGAGUUUAUUUGGGAAUCAACGUUUGAAUGGCCAAGAGUUAUUUAUCAAAUUUUAAUCUAUAGUUCUGGAAAUCGAAUAACAUCAAUGCAUACAUUUAAAGUCGAGCUGUACAACGAUGAAAACCAUUUAGUUUUUACAAAAAAUAUUGAGAGUUUUUCGCUGCCAUAUAAGAUAAACAUUCUAAAAAGUGGAAGGGUGAUGAAACUAUUGAUCAUUGCGAGCGACGUGAUUUCAUUGUGUGAAUUACAAGUUUUUGGUGACUGCACGACACGAUAUUAUGGCCCAGACUGUGAUCAAGUAUGUUUAAUGACCUGCAAAAAUAAAGACUGCCAGUUCACCGGUGUUUGCAAGUUGUGUGUACCUGGUCACACAGGGUCGUAUUGUCUCGAUUUGCAUACGCCUUUAAGAAUUAAUAUCGAAUUAAGAAUGGAUUUUUCAUUACGCCGAAUGACAUUAACCACGCUUAUCUUACUCCUUGUAGGACCGUUGAUAGAGGUAGUGUCGGACUGUAAUAUCGGAUGGUUUGGUGGGAGAUGUCAGUAUAAAUGUCACUGUAAUGAAAACAAUUGCGACUAUCUAGGAGCCUGCCUUCAUGGUGUGCAGUGUUCGAUAGGUUGGUUUGGUCCGGCCUGUCAAUAUGUGGACUUACUAAUCGAGAGAGAAUCGAUCGAGCCAAAAGAGCAAAAUCUGACGGACGACAGUCGUGAGACGUGCGUUCGACAGCUAGACAGGAUUACUGUUUCAUGGACCAUGUCCUUUGAUUUCAAUUGGAUCAGGAUAGUACAAGAGCCGUGUGAUGCUGAUAAAUGUGUGGUCAACCAAAAGUUUAAAAACAGUGACGUCAUUGUCGACAUCGCUUCAAUUUUUAACGAUCAACCUGAGAAUAGAACACUGGAUGUAUAUUUCGACUUAACUAAUUUAUCAAAUCAAGUGGAGAUAACUUUUGAACCGAAGAGAUCUGUUUGUGCGAUUUACGUUAGCGGAGGUCGCAAUGUGGCUUUAAAACAACACACGAAUCAAACUGGUGUAUACGUUAACUUUUACUCCGACCUGGCGGUAGACGGAAACACUUCACAAUAUUUGGAAAAUCGAUCUUGUUCGCACACGGGUGAUUCAGCCGAAGAUCAAAUGAAUGCUAAAUGGAAUUUGCUUUUUGAGAGAAAAAUGAAUUUACAACGAAUUAAAAUUUGGAACAGAGUGACUUACGUGUCACGUCUGGUUGGAUUUGUAUUAGAAGCGCAAGACACAAAAGGUGGAUUAUUAAAAUAUAUCUACAGCGAUGCUCAAGAAGAAGGUCAGGACAUAUAUCACUGGAGUAUAAAGGGCGUUCUUGUUGAUCAUGUGCAGAUUUAUUUGCCAAGAGUUGAAGUAAUAACACUGUGUGAAGUUGAAAUAUUUGGAGAUAACAAGUGUGAACGCCAACAUUUCGGUCUAGAAUGCAACAGAACAUGUCAUUGUAGAAAUGUCACAGAUUCGUGUAUGCCAUCUACUGGGGCAUGUCAAUCAGGCUGUGCUGUGGGAUACAAAAGAGAUGACUGUGGCUCAAAAGUUCAGUGUCCCUCACCGCCUAUCAUAGAGAAUGGCAUCUGGAGUUCAUGCAGCUAUGAAUACGAAAGUACUUGUCGUAUGAUCUGUGAAACAGGCUAUAAAGCUCACGUAUUAUAUGUUACCAAAAAUGUCUCCAGGCCAUGGUUGUCAGUCGGGCUGGUAUGGUCCUGAUUGUGUAUACAGUAAGUAUUAGGCAUUGUUAUGUCAAAUUAA